AUGAAGCUCCUAACCCUCAACUUCCUAACCUGUGCAGUAAAAGCCUGCAAGUCGUCCUCCGCCAGCUUCCCCCUCCACCCCAAAGAAUGCGAGCUCGUCUCCGACACCAUCGCGCCGAACCCGAAGCUGAUCUAUAACAUCCUGCCACGGGUUGAUUGGAAUGCGCUGGUUGUUACUGCUUCAGAGCUAGGAUUCCCAUCCCUACCCCCUGCGGCGCCGACACAAGAAGAGCUAGAGAAAGACGAGAAUAUGAUGAGCGAGCUGCAUACACUGCUACUGGAGACGAGUGUCAGCGAGGGGAUGCUGGUGUGUGGGAACUGCGGGCAUGAAUACCGGGUGAAAGAGGGGAUUGCGAAUUUCUUGCUGCCGAAUCAUCUAGUUUGA